AUGUCUGCCGAGCUCAUCCCCUCGAAACCGGACGACCUCAUGGUCACGCGCAAUGUCACGCCCAACAUUGCCACCUUUUCCUUGCCCUUUUCUCGCUUCGGCAAGAUUAGGAUUGGCGGCCGCGGGACCUUGGUCAAGCUGAGCUCGGGAGCCCUCGCCAUCUUUUCGCCCGUGGCACUCACCGCGGCCACGCAGGCCAAGGUGGCUGAAAUGGGCGGCAACGUUGGCUACAUUGUUGCCCCCGACAUCGAACACCACAUCUUCGUGUCCGAGUGGGCCAAGCAGUACCCCUCGGCUAAGCUCAUCGGCCCCGAGGGACUGGCCGAGAAGCGCGAGAAGCAGCGCGGCGACCCCAAGAUUGGCCAGGACAAGUUCGACGUCGUCUUCACCAAGGAGAACAAGCGGCAGGUGCGCCUCGGGGCCGAUUUUGACGCCGACUUUGCCUACGAGUACGUCGACGGCCACACCAACCUCGAGCUCGUCUUCCUGUACAAGCCGGAGCGGGUACUGAUCGAGGCCGACCUCAUGUUCAACCUACCGGCCACGGAGCAGUACAGCAGGGCAUCCGACGAGGACAAGAAGGCGGCCGGCAUCGCCGAUUCGCUGUUUCAUGGCGUGCAGAGCACAGCGGGCGACGCAAAGUGGAUGAGGCGCUUCAACUGGUACCUGGCGGCCCGCGACCGCGCCUCGUUCAACGACAGCAUCAAGCUCAUCGACACGUGGGACUUUGCCACCAUUAUCCCUUGCCACGGCGAUGUGCUCGAGGGCGACGCCAAGGAGGUUUUCCGAAAGGUCUUCAAGUGGCACUUGGAAGCGGCCAAGUAG